GAUUCUCAUCCUUUCUCUCUCCUCGUGUUCACCCAUACCUUACAUAAUAAUACCCGGUUUACUUUCCCAGAACCUCCUCUCUCUUAAUAUGAAUAUAAAAAUUUAAAAAUAUAUAUACUGUUAUUUAUCUGAAUGUAUGAAUGGUGGUUAAUCUUAAUCUGAGUGUGUGAGAUCUACUUAGUAGUGGUAGUGGCAGAUGAAGAAGAGAGAAGAAGCAGUGAAGGAUUUGAGAAGUUCGAGUGGGAAGUGAUGAUGAUGGAUGUGUUUGGGAACCCUUUUUGAAAUUGAGAAUCGCCAGAGCUGUUUAUGAAGUUUGGCCUCAAAUUGGAUUGAUUUUCAGUCAUGUUGAGGAGAUGAAUGGAAUUUUUAAUAGUGGUGUGUUGUGAAAAGAUUUUGUGAUCGUAUACCUUGACUUGAUCGAAAACCUCGGUCUUGUUAGUAUCGGAUGUGCUAUAUGUUCAACUUUUUGCAAGUUGCAAGUGAUUUUAGCAGCUUAGUUUAUAUUUGAAGCUGCUAACAUAUCUAUGAUUGUAAUAAAUAAAUAAAUACAAUCUUUUGAUAGAAAUAUAGUUAAGUUGCAGUUAUGGAAUUGUCUAUGAGUCAUUAGGUUUUAGCUACUUCAAAGUGGUUGUCCUGUCCUGAGUAUCAUAUUUUUCCAGUAGCCUUAUUGUUGCUAGUAUGGUAUCGAAGAGUAAAAUGGAAGCAGGGACAUUGAGUCCUAACCACCCUCCUUGCUUUCUUCGUCAGUCACUUCCUGCUGUUGCACCUAUGCUUCUGAUUUCAACAGGAUAUGUUGACCCUGGAAAGUGGGUAGCCACUGUUGAAGGUGGUGCACGGUUUGGGUUUGAUCUGAUGGCUGUCAUGCUUAUUUUCAAUUUUGCUGCUAUCUUCUGUCAGUACAUAUCUGCAAGGAUUGGUGCGAUUACUGGAAAAAGUCUAGCUCAGAUUUGCAGUGAUGAGUAUGAUACAUGGACAUGCAUGCUCCUUGGAGUUCAAACAGAACUUUCAGUGAUAAUGCUAGACCUUAACAUGAUCUUGGGCAUGGCACAAGGAUUAAAUCUUAUUUUUGGGUGGGACUUGUUCGCUUGUGUCUUUUUAACUGCUACUGGUGCUGUUUUUCAUAUACUUCUCUCAGUUCUCCUUGACAUUGAGAAGGCAAAAAUCCUAGGACCGUUUGUUGCUGGUUUUGUAUUGCUUGCUUUUAUACUUGGACUGCUUAUCAAUCAACCGGAAAUUCCAUUUUCCAUGAAUGGAAUACCAACAAGGUUGAGUGGGGAGAGUGCAUUUGUGCUAAUGAGUCUUCUAGGAGCAAAUCUUGUACCUCACAACUUUUACCUUCAUUCCUCUAUUGUACAGUGGCAUCAGGGAUUGACAAGCAUUUCUAAGAAUGCUUUGUGUCAUAACCACUUUUUGGCCAUAUUAUGUGUUUCCAGUGGUCUUUAUUUGGUAAAUAAUAUGCUGAUGACCGCCUCAGCAAAUGAGUUCUACAGUACAGAUCCUGUUCUGCUUACUUUUCAGGAUGCAUUGUCACCCAUGGAACAGGUCUUACGUAGCCCAAUAGCUCUGCUUGGGUUUUUGCUCAUUUUGUUUCUUGCAAAUCAAACCACAGCAUUAACUUGGAGUUUAGGCGGAGAAGUAGUAGUGCGUAAUUUCUUAAAAUUGGAUAUUCCAGGUUGGCUUCAUUAUGCUACAAUUAGAGUGAUUGCUGUUUUGCCUGCCCUUUAUUGUGUCUGGAGUUCAGGAGCUGAGGGGAUGUAUCAGCUACUAUUAUCCACACAAGUUUUGGUAGCUCUGCAACUUCCAUCUUUUGUGAUCCCUCUUUUUCGAGUUGCCACAUCUAGAUCAAUAAUGGGUGUACACAAGAUAUCCCAGUUUCUGGAACUUUUGGCAUCGAUCAUAUUCAUUGGUAUGCUUGGCUUGAAUAUUGUCUUCGUGGUAGAAAUGAUAUUCGGCAAUAGUGACUGGGCAAGUGAUUUGAGAUGGAAUGUUGGGAGUGGUGUGUCUGUCUCAUAUUUAGUUCUUCUUACCGCUGCUAUUACAUCGUUAUGUUUGAUGCUUUGGUUAGCCGCCACACCUUUAAGAUCUGCCAGUGUCCAAUUAGAUGCUCAGACAUGGAACUGGGAUAUGCCAGAGACUCUGCCAACUCCUCCAGUUGUUGGGGAGGAAUUGUAUUUAACUGAAAAAAAGUGUCAUGAAGAUGUAUCUAAGCAUGUGGAGGAACACACACCAGCUGUAGCAAAAAGCUUGGACUACUCAGAUGUAUCACUUCCAAGUUUUCAUCCUGAUCUACCUGAAUCUUUAAUGGAACCUGAACCCCAUGUGAAUGCUGUAAGGGAUAAUUAUUCUCUUAUAUCGACUUCCACAUCAGAGUUAGAGGCAGUAUAUGCUGUAGUUAAUGAGACUUCUGAUUCUUGUUUGGAAGACACCAAAACCAUAACAAUGGAAACAAACGCUGAAAGGGAUGACGAUGAUUCAUGGGAAACUGAAGAACCUUCUGGAGUGGUAUCAGCCAGUGUUCCAUCUUCAACAUCAGAUGGCCCUGCAUCAUUCAGGAGUCUUAAUGGCAAAAGUGAUGAAGGAGGGAAUAGCUGUGGAAGUCUUUCAAGAAUAGAAGGCUUAGGGCGUGCAGCAAGGCGUCAGCUAGCUACUGUUCUUAAUGAAUUCUGGGGACAACUAUAUGAUUUGCAUGGACAAGUAACCCAGGAGGCAAAGGCUGGGAAAAUUGACCUUUUGCUGGGAGUGGGUGUAGAUUCAAGGCCCACCAGUUCCUUGCAAAAAGUGGAUGCAUGUGGAAAGGAUUAUUCUGAAUACUUAGUAUCUGUCAGAGGUAGAGCUUCUGACGCAUUAAUGAACUCUGCUUCAUAUGAUUCUUCCAAGCAGCCUAUGAUGCAAAGUAAUUCAGAGUCUUAUGGCCUUCAAAGGAGUUCUUCCUCAAUGUGGGCAAAUCCCAUCCAAUUAUUGGAUGCAUAUGUACAGAACUCUAGCCACAAUCUCCUCAAUUCUGGUGAGAGGCGCUAUUCAAGUGUGCGUAAUCUACAUUCAUCAGAAGCUUGGGAUUAUCAACCAGCUACCAUACAUGGUUAUCAGACUGCAUCCUAUCUUAGCCGGCUUGGUAAAGACAGAAAUUCUGCUAACUUAAAUUGUCAGGUGGACUUGUCAUCACUGAAAUCCCCUUCCAUAGUUAAUACAAAGUACAGGGAUUCACUUGCAUUUGCUUUGGGGAAAAGGUUGCAAAGUGGCUCAGGUGUGGGCCAACCCCCAGGGUUCCCAAAUGUAGCUGUCUCUAGAGAUUCCCAAUUACAAUCUGAGAGGUUUUAUUAUGACUUAUGCUCUUCUGGAUCUGCAGAUAAUACAGUCAAUUCAGUUAAUACUAAAAAGUACCACAGUUUGCCAGACAUUUCAGGAUACUCCAUCCCCCACAGGGCUGGUUAUGUGUCUGAUAAAAAUGCUCCAAGGGAUGGUUCUGUUGGAUAUGGAUCUUUUGCUAGUAGGACGUGCUAUGACCAAUCAUUAUAUUUAAAUUCUGGAUCAAGAACAGGAGGUCAUUUGGCCUUCAAUGAACUUCCUUUGUCUGAAGUUUACAACAAGGCACUCUCUUCACAGUUGAGUUCUGGUUUUGAUACUGGAUCCCUCCGGUCUAGAUUGCCUUAUGAGCAGUUUGGGGUAGCUGAGAAAAUUCCUAAUGUUGCAAUGGAAGCUGUUGGAAAUAGGCCUAAUGCAAUUGCUCAAGAAACUACUUCAUUUGUGGAUAUAGAGGGGAAACUUCUUCAGUCUAUUAGACUUUGCAUUGUGAAGCUCUUGAAACUGGAUGGGUCUGAUUGGUUGUUUAGACAGAAUGGUGGAGCCGAUGAGGAUCUGAUAGAUUCUGUUGCUGCAAGGGAGAAGUUGUUUUAUGAAAUUGAAACCAGGGAGAUGAAUCAGGUCAUUCAUAUGGAUGAAGCUCAUUAUUUUCCUUCUGAUAGGAAAUUUGGUUCUUCAAUGAAGAGUAAUGGGGCAUAUUCUUCAGGUUUUUCGGUGUCUUCGGUUCCAAAUUGCGGGCAGGGAUGUAUAUGGAAAACAGAUUUAAUAAUAAGCUUUGGAGUAUGGUGUAUCCACAGUAUUCUUAACCUCUCAAUUGUAGAAAGCCGGCCGGAGCUUUGGGGGAAAUACACCUAUGUUCUCAAUCGCCUCCAGGGCAUCAUUGAUCCAGCUUUCCUUAAGCCUCGGAGUCCCUUGGCUCCAUGCUUCUGCCUUCAAGUUCAGCAAAAGUUAAGCCCCCAUCUUUCAAAUGGGAUACUACCCCCAACGACUACAAAACCAGGCCAGGGCAAAUGCACAACUGCAUCAACGUUGCUUGAACUUAUCAAGGAAGUGGAGCUUGCCAUCUCUGGCAGGAAAGGACGUACCGGAACUGCCGCAGGCGAUGUGGCUUUCCCUAUGGGGAAGGAAAAUUUGGCGUCUGUUCUCAAACGGUACAAGCGGAGGUUAUCUAACAAGCCCGUUGGCACUAAUGGAGGGACAGGUUCACGCAAGAUCCCCACAUUAGCACCAUACAACCAAUAAUAGCAUUUUGCGUUAACAAAAUCAGCGUUAGUUGGGCUGUUUUGUAAUUUAUUUUCUUUAGCAGCUCAUGCUGUCAAAGAAUGUUGUCUUCUCCGUGUAUCAUAUUCCAUUCCCUGCUGACAUUGUAGCAAAUUUUAUCCACGUAUGUUACAUACACGUAGGGCAAAAUGUACUAUAUUCAAGUGCAGCAAAAUCAACAUGAAAAAUGGUUAGAUGGAAAAUUAGUCA